UAUCUACCACUACAUUGAAACAGCAUAAAAUCAUAUUAGGAGAUACACAACAACUACAACCAUAUUCGUAUAUACGUUAGUGCUAUUCGAACAAAUUAACACAAAAAUUGUGAAAAGAUCGUUGUGUGUAUGCAUAGAUGUGUGCGUGUUGGCAAUACCACAAGCAGCAAUAGAAAUAUCAUCAACACACAGUAUAACAUAAACGUAGUGGCAAAGCGAAGAAAUUUUUUUUUAUAUAUAUAUUCUUGAUCCGUACUUUUGUUAUUGUUGUUGUAAUUUCCAACAGAGUGGAGUGAAAUAAUAGAAGUUUUAUCCGAAUUGGCGAAAAGGCAAUCUUCUGCACAGAUAGACAUUUAUUGGUGGACAUUUUUGUUCGUGAAACAGAGACCCAACACCAAAAAGGAAAACAACAACAUUUCCAAUCGAAAAAAGUUUUUUCAGCCAUCACACACAAACAGACAAAUUCAAUAUUGUAAUAAAGUGUUGAAAUUGUGGAUUUCGUCAAAUUGAUGGUGUUGUUAUUUUACCUAAUCACUGACGACAUGAACUAAAAAAAAAACUGUAUGUGAAACUGAAACAGCAACAGCAGCACAUUGAUCGAAGGAAGAACGGGUUCAAGUUUAGUAAAUCGCCCUUUUUGUGAAGUGAACUAAUUUGAAGCAAAAAAAGAAGAUUUAAGAAGAAAACCAUCAAUUGAAAAGACAGUCGAAUUUGACGAAUUAGACAACAUGGAGUGUCCACAUUUGCGUGACAGUGUUAAAGUAAAUCGCGAUUUUAUAAAAAAUAUAAAAUGUGCACUGAGCACAAAUAGCGGUAAUCGAGCAUCAACAGAAUUAAGCAGUAGCGGCGGCGUGUUGUGGAGAUGUUUAGAAUGUACUUCGGAUAAGGAGAAUUGGAUGUGUUUGAAUUGUGGCCAAGUAUUGUGCGGUCGUUAUGAAAAUGGACAUGCUUUACAUCAUUCGACACUGAAUACACAGCAUAAUGUUUGCUUGAACACAUUAAAUUUUUCGGUUUACUGCUACAAAUGUGAUGAUUUUGUUAUUAAUGGUAAGCAUUUGUUGGACAAUUUGCGCGAAGAAUUCAAGGAUGAUGAUUCAUCGUCGGAGGCGUCCAAUUCACUUGAUGAAUCGUCAUCGAUAAAAUCAUCAAAAGGUUCAGCAAGUACAUCAUCCAGCGAUUCCGGAUGGUAUGACGAGUCGACGCCGGGCGUCUCACAAACUGGUCGACGACUACGGCCACGAAAACGUACAAAUUCAAAUACAAAUAAUGAAAAUGGCAACGAAUCACCGACAAAAAAGAAAUUAAUGCGAAAGGUCAUUGGCCUCCGCAAUUUAGGAAACACAUGCUUCAUGAACUCAGUGCUACAGUCACUGAACAACAUCGAAGAGUUCAGUUUGUAUUUCAAUACGCUGCCAUCGUUAGAAACAAAAGCACAACAACAACAACAGAAACGUUUUUACUACUCACGUUCACAGAAAGAUAAUGUGGGUGAUGCAAACGUAGCGGAAGAGUUACGUAAAGUGUUAAUCAAUCUCAGUCAAGGUGGUGACGGUUCAAAAGCGAUCUCUCCCGAAAGUUUGUUCUUAGUGAUUUGGAAAGUGGUGCCACAAUUCCGUGGCCAUCGACAACAUGAUGCACAUGAAUUCUUACGCUAUAUGUUAGAUCGUUUACACACCGAACUACAGUGCGUAACAAUACCCGCAGAUUCAAAUAGUGGAACGCAUAAAACCACAAACAAAGAUUGGAACGGAAGUGAAGGUAGCAGCCUCAGUACCAGUGAACCAAACAGUACCUCGUUUCGGAAUCGAAGUUCAAUUGUCACAAACAUUUUUGGUGGCACACUACAAAGCGAGGUGCGGUGUUUAAUCUGCGGAAUGGAAAGCAAAAAGCACGAUCCAUUUUUGGACUUAUCACUCGACAUUCCCGAAAAAUUCUACAAAGAAACGGAUGCUGAUGGUCGACCUGUUUGUAACAUAGCCGAUUGCUUAUCAAGUUUCACAGAGGUUGAAGAAUUGGCCGAAACUGAACUGUACUAUUGCAACUCAUGCAAAUGCAAACAAAAGUCGACAAAACGUUUUUGGAUUCGCCGUUUACCGAAUGUAUUGUGCUUGCACAUCAAACGAUUUCGUUGGAAUAAUUUUUUCCGCACGAAAAUUGAUUUACGUAUCAAAUUUCCAAUCAAAUCAUUGGAUAUGUCACAAUACGUGUUGAACAAUGUUCCUGAAACAAGACGCUCCAAUUUGAACAAUCAUGUAUAUGAUUUGGCCGCUGUAAUUGUUCACCACGGCAAUGGUUCGAGCUGUGGUCAUUAUACAUCGUUUGCGAACAACAACGGUACGUGGUUGCAUUUUAAUGACCAGACGGUGAAAGAAGUCGAAAUGAGCACAGUUGCGGAAUGCAAACCAUAUAUGUUAUUUUACAGUCGAAGGGAUUCAAAUAGUUCGACAUGAGACUAGGCAUCGAGACUGAGUUUCGUCAUCCACUAAUCCAUUACGGAAGAAAGAGACAUUUUUACGAAUAAAAAAAGAGCAGACACUUAAGCGAUCAAAUUAAAAUAAAACGAUAAAUUUAUGUAUAUAUAAAAUUACAUAAACUUAUUCCGAUGUAUCAAACAUUCGUAAAGAUGUUAUUCAAAGAACAAAAAGAAGAAACAAACACAUACGCAGAAACAAUGAGUAAUCUCCCUCAUUUGAUUUCUGUAUCGAUGAGAACAGUAAAAACGAUACAUAUAACUUAACUUGCCAGAGAGCAAAAUAUUCUGGAAUAUUCUAUAAAUCAACUGAUUGAAAAAUAUUUCCAAAAGCAGAACCCUCAUUUACAUCAACCAGGAACAAUAACUGUAUUUUCUGAGGAAUAACCUUCUUUUUAAUCCGAAUGAGAUACUCAUAGUUUCAUUGAUUUAAUACAGUAUUUUCGAUUGUGUUUUAUCAUUUUUACGACAAUGUUCACUCUGACAUACAGACAAUUAUUAUUAUUUUUCAAUAACAGUAAGUCGAAUUUUGAAUGAACAAACAGAUUUAAUUCUUCCCUUGCGUUGAAAGUAUGUCUGUGGUUUUUUGAUUUUUUUUUACUUUACGAGAAAAAAAAAUAAACUCAACAUAUAUAUUAUAUUCAAUGAUGUGAAAAUGGCAGUUUGUACACUUACACAUUUAAUCGUCCAACAUGAUUGAUUGGCAAUAGCAAAAACAAAACAAAACUGUAUUUCAAACUAUGUAACAGAAUUCAUCUCAUGCAAAUAUUGAAAAUACAUACAAAUUUUAUUGAUCAUAAAA